CGUUACUUUCUCGUGCACCAAACGUCAGUUGAAACAGUGAAACCCAGUCAUUGUUAACUUCAGUACACAAUUUAGCCAAAGAAAAACCGAUGGCUCCGCUCAAAAAAUCCAAGAAAACGAAGAAAUCGUCCAAGAAAUUGAAGAAAAACAAAAGCGUUUCCGUGGUUCCAGUGGAACGCAGAGUUAACGAGCCCGAUUGGUGGGAUAGUUUUUGGCACAAGAACUCUACUACAGGUCUUUUGAUUCCAUCAAAUGAGGAAGAAGGGUUCAAGUAUUUCUUUAGGGUUGCAAAGAAGACAUUUGAUUACAUUUGUUCCCUUGUGAGAGAAGACCUUGUGUCAAGGCCACCAUCAGGGCUUAUUAACAUUGAAGGAAGACUUUUAAGUGUUGAAAAACAAGUUGCAAUUGCCCUUCGAAGGUUAGCAUCCGGCGAGUCACAGGUAUCGGUUGGAGCUUCGUUCGGUGUUGGUCAAUCUACAGUUUCUCAAGUGACUUGGAGAUUCAUCGAAGCGUUAGAAGAACGUGCUAAGCACCAUCUUAAAUGGCCUAAUUCCGAUAGAAUGGAGCAAAUUAAAUUGAAAUUCGAAGCUUUAUUCGGGUUGCCUAAUUGUUGUGGAGCUAUAGAUUCAACACAUAUUAUCAUGACUCUACCGGCAGUUGAAACUUCAGAUGAUUGGUGUGACCAAGAGAGCAAUUACAGUAUGUUCUUGCAGGGAAUCGUUGACCACGAGAUGCGGUUUCUCGAUAUCGUAACUGGUUGGCCUGGUGGUAUGAGUGUGUCUAGAUUACUCAAAUGUUCAGGAUUUUUCAGGCUCUGUGAAGCCGGGGAUCGUUUGAAUGGAAGUAUAAGGACAUUAUCAGAAGGACUAGAAACGAGAGAAUUCAUAAUCGGUGGUGGUGCGUAUCCUCUUCUUCCCUGGCUUAUAACCCCAUACGAAAACAACAACCUCUCUUCUUCAAUGUGUACUAAUUUUAAUGCCAAGCAUGAAGAUGCGAGGUCACUCGGGGUGAGGGCGUUUUCGCAGUUGAAGGGUAGCUGGAGAAUUCUUAACAAAGUCAUGUGGAGACCGGAUAAACGGAAAUUGCCAAGUAUCAUUUUGGUAUGUUGUUUGCUUCAUAAUAUCAUCAUUGAUAAUGGAGAUCAGUUACAUCCCGAUGUUGCUUUAUCUGGACACCACGAUUCCGGUUACGGCGAGCAAUGCUGUAAGCAGAUUGAUCCAAUGGGUGAAACUGUGCGGGAAACUCUAGCCAAAUACUUGUUGCAAAAGUAAAAAGAAGAAUUUAUGAUUUUUUUUUUCAUUCACAAUAUGAAGUAUCCUUCACAUACAAAUUGCCAUUGUUUUUUGCAGACAUUAGAGCAGAUUUUGGUCAUGCUAAUGGUUGUUCUAUGACUCGUAUUUCAUGAUUUAAUGUUAUUUUCCGUUGUAAUAGCUUAGCCGCAAA